AUGCAGGUCCACACGACCCUCAACCGUCUGCCCUCGGCAUCAAAGUCUGCUUCUCCCUCGCCUUCAACUUCUUCAACACCAGCUAUCCUCCCCGAGUACGAUCCCCACCCCUCCUGGACAUUCUUCCACCCCUCUGCUACCUACAUCCCCCACACGCCUUGCUCUCCUCCCUCCCCCCUGUUGUCCUCUGCGUCAACUGCAGCUACCUCUCCACGCUCUUCGCCCACGCUCUCACCCAACCUUCAUCGUCAACAACAAUCUUCUACUCCUAUCAACAACAACAGCAAUAAUAACAAGAACAUUCCCUCAUCCACUCCAUCGACACACCACCGUAUCCUCGACCACUGUUUCCAUGUCUCCAUCGAGACGCGUCUCAAGCAGGCAGAGGCCCAGUACCUCGCCUCAACCCAAGAACAGGCAGUCGAGCAGCAGAUCAAGAAGCUUGAGGAACUUCACCAGCCUCCCAUGUCUGCCCUCAAGCAGGAUGACUGGCGCCGUCGCCAGCGCACCCUUGUUGACGAGGCUGUUGUCCUCGGCCGCAAGGGCUCCAACGUCGAGGCCAUCGUUGACGGCAUCCUCAAAUCACACCGUUCCAGCGGCCCGCUGCAGACACUGCCCAGACAUCUGAAGCAUCGUUUGCACCUCUGUCAGCUGACCUCGAUGGUCUUUGGUCGUUUCGACGUUGCCUCCUCGACCAACAACACUGCAGGCCUCAACAUCUACUCGGCCUUCCAGUCCCGUCAUGGGGCCUCUCGGGCUGCUAUCCAGCAACACCUUGCCAACAGUCCCCAGGGACAAAAAACCCGCUCCUUCUUUGCUCAACCUGUCUCUUCGGCCUCGUAUUGCCGUCGUCACCAUCGCAAGGACUGCCAGCGUACCUGUUGUACGUUGGCCAAGAUGCAACAGCAGCAACACAAGGCAUUGGAGCAGAAGAAGAGGGUUGCCACUGCCAACGCGAACACCAACGCCAACAGCAACAACAGCAACACCAACACUCGCCAGCAGCGCGUCGCAGGACUUGUGGAUGCCAUCCCCGCCUUCUUGAAGUGCUCCGCCAUGAGCUACCGGGAUAUUGCGCAAUGUCUAGCUGAGAAGCAUGGCGCCAAGGACGAGAGCGAAGGCCGUGUUCUGGAGGGUUGGUACCGUCUCUUGCUGGAGAUGAUGACUCAGGCAGUAAUCGAGUCGUACCUCUGUGAUGGCACCACUGGAGUGGACACUUUGCUGGACGUCUUUUCGUAUGGUGAUUUGGCGGAGGACGAGGAGGAGCCUGCCAAGGAUGGUAACAACGACGAAGGCAAUAGCAGCAACAGCAGUGCGACCGAGGGUACCCUCAAUGGUCGUCGGGCUUCCUUCCAGGGCCAGACUAACAGCAACGAGGCCACUGGCAUCACUACUCAGGAUCGUCAGGAUGACAUUCUGUUUGUUAAGACUGCCGAGUACGAAGCCUUCAAGAAAGCCAAGGAUGAUCGCCUCCAAGAGUUCUUGACGAUGAAUGGCACAUCAGUUGAGCAGCACUUUGUCGAUGUCGCGUCCAAGUACCCUCUCAUUGUUUUGGAGCGCCAAAUGACUCAUUACAUUGCUCGUUCUCAGAAGCUUCUCGUCGACCCUAAGCUCUCUAGGAGCGCGGAGGAUAUUGGACUCUUGAUCCCACCUGCAACGUCGGCGUACGCUGACGGAUCGUUGUCGAUGCCCGUGAGUGAUGAUGAGGACGACGAGGAGAUGGAAGAGGUGACGCGGUUGGAGGAGAUCAAGGAGGAGGAGGAGGAUGUCUCCCCCACCCCCGCUGUCAAGGCAGUCGAGCAACAACAAGUUCGUGUUCGUCAUGAGAAGAUGAAGUUAGCUACGAUCACCUCUUCCAUUGAUGAUGAUACACCCCUCGGUCUCCACCACCACCAUAAUGCCGACAACUGGAGCUACCACAACCACAACCAUAAUCAAAGCCAUGGUCACGGACAUGCAAGACAGCACCUGCCCUCGCCCCCACCUUCAGAAGUCGCAAGCCGUUCAAGCACAGUCUCGCCUCAGACGUCGACGGCGUCCUUGUCAGAGGAGGAAGAGUCUUCGAUUACUGAGGCAGCUAAGAUUCUGGUGUCCAACAAGAAGCACCAACGCCACUCGUCUUCCUCCUCGAAUGAGAUGAGUGAGAAGGCGAAGAUGGAGUCGUUUGAGGAUCGUCAGCCGGAAAUGAAGUUGGGCCGUGCUGUGAAGAAGAUGAGGGUCUAG